GUGGCGCAGUUGCGCAGCCCCUUCCUCGCCGCAGAGAACGUGGCAAGCGACGGGCGAGACGUCGUCCAACUUGCGGUAACUCGCCGAGAGAUCAUGAUCAAGCUGGCGGCUCUUGAGGACGCAGGCUCCGAUGACUUUUCGUUCGUCUACCCGUCCGACGACCCUCGCCCCUUGCCUGCCGUUUUUACAGUGGUCGCGCAGAUGGGCCACGUCGUGAUGCCCAUUGACGUCGAGCUGUUUAGAACGAUGCAAGUGGGGAUCUUCAUGCGUGUCCAGCGCUACUUCGAGUUCAGGGAGAAGAUGGACGAGGUCGCCGUUGCGCAGUUCACUGCGUGGGCCACAGAGCUUGAGGCGGCGUUUGGAUUUGAGGCGCGGCUUCUGCGACUCCUGGUUCUCAGGCGGCGCUCGCAGUUGGCGUCUUUCCUGUCGGAGCAGCAUUGCUUGUACGCGCGAGUGCGGCAAGGGCUUUUUCUCACAAGCGCCCAUUUCUCCAGGGAGGCAGCGGCGCUAGAGGCACGUUACGGCCGAAAGGCGAGCCGCCUGAGAUGGCUGAUGACGCAGCGCCCGCAACCUGCGUUGGUGACGCACAGUUGCGCGGCCCCGCCCUUGCAGCAGAGGGCGUGGCAUUCAGUUGGUGGCGGAGGAACGCCGUCUGGCCACCCAGACCAGGAGUUCUCGCUCGCUGGCUGCGCUCGGGUCCGUUCCCACCUGCGGGCGUUCGGCGGGCAAGACGUCGUCCAACUUGCGGCAAUUCGCCGAGGGAGCAUGAUCGAGCGGGCGGCUCUGGAGGAUGCAGGCUUCGGUGACUUUUCGUUCGUCUACCCGCCCGACGAUCUUCGCCCCUUGCCUGCGGCAGCAUUUACAGUGGUCGCGCAGAUGGGCCACGUCGUGAUGCCCAUUGACGUCGAGCUGUUUAGAAUGAUGCAAGUGGGGAUCUUCAUGCGUGUCCAGCGCUACUUCGAGUUCAGGGAGAAGAUGGGCGAGGUCGCCGUUGCGCACUUCACUGCGUGGGCCACAGAGCUGGAGGCGGCUUUUGGAUGUGAGGCGCGGCUUCUGCGACUCCUGGUUCUCAGGCUGCGCUCGCAGUUGGCGUCUUUCCUGUCGGAGCAGCAUUGCUUGUACGCACGAGUGCGACAAGGGCUUUUUCUCACAAGCGCCCAGUUCUCCAGGGAGGCAGCGGCGCUAGAGGCGCGUUGCGGCCGAAAGGCGAGCCGCCUGAGAUGGCUGAUGACACAGCGCCCGCAACCUGCGUUGGUGACGCACAGUUGCGCGGCCCCGCCCUCGCCGCAGAGGGCGUGGCAUUCAGUUGGUGGCGGAGGAACGCCGUCUGGCCACCCAGACCAGGAGUUCUUGCUCGCUGGCUGCGCUCGGGUCCGCUCCCACCUGCGGGCGUUCGGCGGGCAAGACGUCGCCCAACUUGCGGCGAUUCGCCGAGAGGGCAUGAUCGAGCGGGCGGCUCUGGAGGAUGCAGGCUUCUGUGACUUUUUGUUCGUCGACCCGCCUGGCGAUCCUCGCCCCUUGCCUGCAGCGGCAUGUGCAGUGGUUGCGCAGAUCGGCCACGUCAUGAUGCCCAUUGACGUCGAGCUGUUCAGAGAAAUGCAGGUGGAGGUUUGUGUGCGAGUCCAGCGCUACUUCACUUGCAGGGAGGUGAUGGGCGAUGUUCCCGUUGCGCAGCUUACUGAGUGGGCCGCAUAUCUCGAAGCGGCGUUUGGAUGUGAGGCGCGGCUGCUGCGACUGCUGGUCCUCCGGCUGGGCUCGCUGCUUCGCUCGGGUAACGCGGCGGCGACAGACGGCCAGUUCGAUGGUGUCAUCUGCUUCAACGGCUCAGACAUGUGCGUGUACUGUGUCCAUGCGCACCUCGACAGCAUCCGCGACUGCGAGUCCGAUGGCGAUAUGGAGGACCAGUAUACUGACCUUUACGCAGAGGACAGCAACGUGGAAGACCAAGAUGAAGACGGCUUUUCCGAUGGAUCUUCAUGGUUAUCGCUCGUCCAGGCCAUUUUGUUGCUACGCGUCAACUGCCAGAGCGACGACGACUGCGAGAGCGACGACGACGACAGCCUCGGCGGCGGGCCGACUCGGCCGUGCGCAAAGAAACCCGCUGCUUUUCAGACUUGCACGCCCAAGCGCGGGAAAGCCCGAAUGGCAAUGAAGGUUGCCAAGAAGCCGUCUGGGGCGCACAAGAUGCCGUUCGCGCCGUAUGUUCGCCAUGGGCAGAAGACUGUCACAUCGAGGCCAGUGAAGAUGCAGAUCAGUUGUGCCCUGAAAGACAUUUAUACUGCAUCCGCUUCCAAGCUCAUUCGCAUGCUGACGCGGAGUGGCCAUCUUCGCGACUGGGCUGGCGAGCAGUGCCCGUGGUGCGCGACUGGGCGCCUCGGGCCCCUGCGACGCAUGCCUGGUAGAGGUGACGUUUACCGCUGCGACAGGAAGAUGUGUCACCAGUUCGUGACGCCGCAGCACAACCACCCAGUAUUUAACCUUGGCUGGGGCAAUGCGUCCGCUCCGCUGUCAGAUAAAACUGUCGUGUGCAUGCGCGCGGCGCGGGGCCUCUCUCAGGCUAAGUGCCGCCAGGUAACGGGUCACAGCAGCAAACUCAUUGAGAACACAUACUUGCGCCUGGAUGAAGCGAGGAUGAAGUACGCGCUCAAAAAGGAAAGGACAAGUCGCUUUGGCUCGGUCGAGGAAUGGAGCGACAUUGAAGCCGAUGAAGUCGACUUGGGCAAAGAGGGCGACUGGAGGAAGACGGACAAGCAGAAACCAGUUCAAUGGGAGCAGUGGGGAGGCAUCGUCGAGCGCGGGCCAAUUCGCAAGCGGGAUUGGAAGCCGACCGCCAGGAAGCGUUUGGAGAAUACCAACGUGGUUUUGCAUACCGACGGCGCCCGCGCAUGCAAAAUGCGCAUCCCCGGUGUUAUUCGCGACAGCGUGGUGCAUUGCAAGAACAAGGUCGUCUUUAAAGGAAAGACAGUAUGGGUGAAACCGAAGUACUCAGAGAUUAAGAAGCACAUUCUUCCUGACGGGCAGCACCUUUUUGUCAAAACAGGCACGCAGAUCAUCGACCGUUUCUGGUCCCACUUGAGAGCGCGCCUGGGCAAGCGCGCGCACAAGGUCAACAACAGAUCCAUGUGUCGACGUAUUCGUUCUGCUCAGUGGACGUGCUGGGAGAAAGGCCAGGACCUGUGGGUCCGCGCAGGUGAGAUGCUGAGGACUCUCUAUUGA